AUGCCUGGUGACAGGCGCACCUUCUCGGGCGUGUCCAUGUCGACCAACAAGUCGGUCAACGGCUCCAACUCGCAGGUCGGACAGAAGAUCAAGAACUUUUUCCGCAUCACCUCAUCCUCGACCAAGGAUGAGCCGAUUGGCCCAGGAAAGACGAGUUCAGAGGGCCCCUCGACCCCGCGCUCUGAGCACAAACUCCGCAACAGUCGCUUUAUGCCACACAUCGGUCGAAAUAGAAGUCAGACCGUCGCCAGCGAAGGCAAUGCCCUCGAUGAAAUGAGCCUGACCGCAAACGCCAACCCCUACUUUGCACACCAGGGUCCGCCAGCUCUCCGCCAUCACAACGCCGACAGCGUACCUCCAAGUCCCCCAGACACACCCAUCAAGAAAGGUCAAGAGGCCGAAGACGAAGCUGCUGCUGUCGCUGGCAAGGAAGAGCUGGCACGGAAACUGCGUCGCGUUGCUAGUGCUCCCAAUGCUCAGGGCCUGUUCUCAAAGACCACCUCCAACGAAAGCCGGCCACAAACUUCCGACCUGAUGACAAAGGCCUCUCCACUCGCUCAACAACAUUCAAACAUCUCGGUCCAGUCAAUGGUCGAGACAGUUCCCAUGAGCAGCUCGCCCGAUCUGCUGCCCGUACCCGGCAUUCCUAGCCCUGGCAAGAUCAGAAGUGCAGCUGCAUUCCGUAGGACUUAUAGCAGCAACAGCAUCAAAGUACGCGAUGUCGAAGUUGGUCCUGGAAGUUUCGACAAGAUCAAGUUGAUCGGCAAGGGCGAUGUCGGCAAGGUAUACUUGGUGCGCGAGAAAAAGAGCUCAAGAUUGUACGCCAUGAAGGUGCUCAGCAAGAAGGAGAUGAUUAAGCGCAACAAGAUCAAGCGCGCGCUAGCCGAGCAGGAAAUCCUGGCCACCAGCAACCACCCAUUCAUCGUCACUCUCUAUCAUUCUUUCCAGUCAGAAGACCAUCUUUAUCUCUGCAUGGAAUACUGCAGUGGAGGCGAGUUUUUCAGAGCUCUUCAGACUCGUCCAAACAAAUGUGUCGACGAAGACGCCGCUCGCUUCUAUGCCGCAGAGGUCACGGCAGCUCUGGAGUACCUGCAUCUCAUGGGCUUCAUCUACAGAGAUCUCAAGCCUGAGAACAUUCUUCUUCACCAGUCAGGUCACAUUAUGCUUUCAGACUUUGAUCUUUCCAAGCAGUCCGACCCUGGCGGUGUCCCUACCAUGAUCAUGUCUGGCCGUAAUGGUGUCUCGAACAAUCCCGCCAACAUGCCCGCCAUCGACACCAAGUCGUGUAUCAACAACUUCCGCACCAACUCGUUCGUGGGAACUGAAGAAUACAUCGCACCCGAGGUCAUCAAGGGCUGUGGUCACACAAGUGCAGUCGAUUGGUGGACACUGGGCAUCCUCAUCUACGAAAUGCUUUACGGCACAACGCCGUUCAAGGGUAAGAACAGAAACGCGACUUUCGCAAACAUCUUGAGAGAUGAGGUGCCCUUCCCCGACGGGAGCGGCUAUCCCAGCGUCAGCAACAACUGUAAAGGCUUGAUUCGGAAGCUUUUGAUCAAGGAUGAACUUCGCCGAUUGGGCUCUCGCGCUGGCGCGUCAGAUGUCAAGGGCCACGCAUUCUUCCGUCAAACACAAUGGGCCCUAUUACGGCACUCAAAGCCUCCGAUCAUACCCAACCAGGGCCGUGGUGUCGACACUGUGAAUUUCAGAAAUGUCAAGGAAAGUCACAGUGUCGAUCUUGGUGGUUCCAAGAUGAAGGGUGUUCCUUUGGACAGCAACCUGGCCACGCCUGGCGGUGAGAUCGCAGAUCCAUUUGAGGAGUUCAACUCUGUCACGCUGCAUCACGAUGGAGACGACCAACAUCAAGACCACCAAUACCACGAGGCGCAAAGAUAG